GAAAAGUAUAAAUAGGUUUGAAGACGAAUAAAAAGCAGAGACAUUUGUCACCGGCACUUUUGACUUCACCGCCGCACAACUCCGAUCUCCGAUCAUCUAUCGCCUGAAGUUUCUUAGUAUUUACGAUUCAACUGUUUUCUUGAUCAGUAUGGACGGUCAAUUUGGAGAUGGUAGUAUAUUGGUGCUUGUCGAGGAUGUUAUGGUACCAAUUAGUGUGGUAUACAAUGCCAUCAGUAUCUUGAAGAAAGAGGGAGUUGAGAAGUUGGAUCCUAUGAUUGUAACUCAAGCUUCAACCCAGAGUCUGACAUCAGUGGAGUCUGCAUCUAGGGACAUUGUUGCUCUCAUCUGUAGGUCCCUUGAGUUUCCUAGUGAUAAAAUGUGUGGGGACAUCUCAAGAGUGUUGAAGCCAGGUGGAACAGUCCUACUUAGCCUAAGUUCUCAAUCAGUCUCGAAGCAGGCAAACUCCACCCACGAGCGCAAGUUAUUGUUGGCUGGAUUCUCUGAUGCUCAGUCAUCUGAAGCCGGCCACUCUAUCGUGAUAACAGCAAAGAAACCUUCAUGGAAAGUUGGUUCAUCCUUCUCUAUCAAGAAAAUCACGAAAAGUUUACCGAAAGUUCAGAUUGAUGAUGAUUCAGAUCUCAUUGAUGAGGAUAGCCUUCUCACUGAAGAAGAUCUGAAGAAACCUCAAUUGCCAAAUGUUGGGGAUUGUGAAGUCGGAAAAACAAAGAAAGCAUGCAAAAAUUGUUCGUGCGGACGUGCUGAAGCAGAGACUAAAGUGCAACUUGGGCCAACUGCUGAACAACUGGAUAAUCCACAGUCUGCUUGUGGCAGUUGUGGUCUAGGUGAUGCUUUCCGUUGUGGUACAUGCCCUUAUAAGGGUCUUCCUCCAUUCAAACUUGGUGAAAAGGUCACGCUUUCCGCGAACUUUCUUGAUGCUGACAUCUAAUUCCAGAAACUAUUACACUGAUGUCAAAGAUUUGUUUGUUCGUUCUCUUUUGGUUGAUGUAAGAUGAGAGAAUUAUGUACUGUUGUCGAAGGGAAGAUACACAAACAGUGUUCUGUGAACUGCUGUUAGAUCACUCAGAGUUGACAUGGUUUUACAUGACAGGACGCAAGAGUUUGGAAAUUUACUUUCUGAUCUUUGGAGCUGUUCUUUAAACCUCUAGUCAUUCCUUUAUCUGUU